CUCUUCCAAAGUGGCUAUAUCAUUUUGCAUUCCCACCAGCAAUUAAUGAGAAUUCCUAUUACUACAUAUCCUUACCAGCAUUUGGUGUUGUCAGUAUUCUAGACUUGGCUAUUUUAAUAAGCGUGUAGUAGUCAUUUGUACUUUUAGUGUGGAACAGACAACAAGAUUGGCUCUGAUUAUUCUGAGUAAUUGACUUGCUAUUUAUGCUUGAAUCUCAUUAGUUAGGGCUGUUAAUAAUUUUAUCAGGUCAGACAGGUUUAAAUGAUAGGGUUGUUAAUAGGUUUGAGUGAUGCUUCUAAGAUGCAGACCCAAAAUCUGGAUUUAGCAAAAUUAAGAAUGCAGCCAUCACAGGUAAGUGUCUAAUCCUCAGAUCUCUUAAAACAAUAAUGGAAUUUAAUCCUUCGGGAAAAUUCUCUUGUUAGUGAAUUUCUGUUCUCUUUCACCUUGGUCAGUAGGCCUUAGGCUAAAAGGAAGAUCCUUAACAUUUGAUGCAUACCUGACACUUAAGAUAAUCCCCAUAACAUUAUUUAAUUCUCACAAUUUCCCUAUGUUUUGUAUAAUCACUAUUUAUGAUUCAUCAAACAUUUAAGUUGGGAUUUUUCCACCUCUUAGUCAUUAUGUGUGCUUUCCCUUCCACCUCAAAUAGUCUUAAUUUCUCCUUUUUUGCCUGGUGAAUCUCCUUCAGAACUCAUCUCUGAUGUUACCACUCUUAAGGAAGCCUUCCCAAUCCCCUAGGUUUGCUUCCCUAUUAUAAUCUCAUUUUGUGUGUUAUGUGUCAUUUUCUGUGUUAUUUGUGUCAAGUAUCAUUUCUUACUACAUAUAGGUGCUCAGUAAAUAAUCACUGUAUAAUUAUGUCCAGUAAGUACUAUAAUCAGAAGUUGAAUGUUGAUCUCUUCAAAAACUUCCUUUAAAUUACAAUAUACACAAAACCUAACAGGAAGUAUUUCUUAAUGAAAUUACCCAAGAGACUCUUCCUCAACUUGAUCUCAGAUCUAAAUUGGCUAUCUAACAAUAAAAGUUAUUCAUUACUCUAUGUAUACUGGCUAGGGUGUGAUUCUGAGCUAAGGAACUGAAAGUCUUCAACAAGACUCCCCAGUUCCAUUUGCUAGGCAAAUGCUCUACCACUGAGCUACAGUUCAGCCCUUCUCUUAAGAGAAGUCCCACCUUUCUGAUCAGCUAUUUCUAAAGAAAGCUGGUGGAAAAAAGUUUCCAGAACUACAAAUUCAGUUAGGAAAGUACAAGCUGUGGACACAUCUGCUGGUUUACCAGUAUUUCUAACUUCCUGUUGAGCUGAAAACUGCUUGUUUUGUGGAAGAGCAAAAUUUAAUAGCAAACAUCUAAAAUGAAGAGUCCCAAAACUUUUGAGGAACAAACAGAAUGCAUCGUGAACACUCUACUCACAAACUUCCUGAGCCCAACAUUGCACAUUGCCAACCGGGACCUGGGCUCCAUAGACGAACCUGACUCAGGAGAGGCUUGCUGCUUUGAUGUGGCUAUCAUUGCUGGUCGACUUCGGAUGUUGGGUGACCAAUUCAAUGGAGAAUUGGAAGCUCCUGCUAAAAAUGUCAUUGCAAAAACCAUUCAGGGACAGGUAGGAGCUGUACUCCAAGACACAGUGCAGUUCCUCAGCAAGGCCUGGUGUGCUCAGGAUUCCAGCCUAGUUUAUGAGAGAGCCUUUCUGGCGUCAGUGAAACUUUUUGAAUAUGCGGCCCAUGUGGCUCCUGAAGUGGUGAGACAGAUGGCUGUCCCCAUGACGAGUAUGAUCAAUGGGAACCAAGCCAUCCGAGAGUUCAUUCAAGGCCAGGGGGGAUGGGAAAAUCUGGAGAGCUGAAGAAGUGGAAUUAUUCCCCAGACCAACAUCACUUCCUCUUUGACUGAACAGGGACUGAUUUCUGGCAAUUAAAAUGGACCAAAAAAAAAAAAAAAUCAAAACAACUCACUUCAUCUGGCAGAAUUGAACUUAGCUGAAUAAGUAAUUUUCUACUGAUUAUUAAAGUUAGGAGAAACUCCCAGAAGCCUACGGAGAUUUUAUACUUUCUUUCUUUACAUGAAUUUUAAUGAGAUUUUGUUGAAGCAGAGACCUCCAGACACAAAGUAAUGACUUGUUAUGAGUAAACUUCUAGGCAACAGGACAGGCCUUUGCUGGAGAUAUUUUGGAGGAAACAGAGAACACUAGAAAUUAUUCUUUCAGAUUUAGCCCUGUAUUUUGGUAAGGAUCUUGUCUACUAAUUUUGCAAUCUAAAGGGAGACUUUUGGUUGAAAAAUCUUACAUUAUUUCAAGUUGAUUUUCUCUCAAAUUUAUCCCUAAAUUUCAUCUGAGCAGAAUUAAUUUUAUGUAUUUUAGAGGCUGAAAGCCAAAAAUUGCAGUUUGUUCAUUUAGCCUUUUACUAGAAAAGGUCAAAGGAAGAUUAAAAAUUAUUGCAUUUUUAUUACCACAGGAUGUAGGAAGUGCCAACCCACAUUUAGGACUGUAGGGCCACCCCAGUUUAGAUGAAGCUAGUUGCGUACCACAGAGUUUUUGUUUGUUGUUUUUUGUACUGGAGAUUGAACCCUGGGGUGCUUUACCACUAAGCUAUAUCUGCAGACCUUUUCAUUUUUUGAGACAGGGUCUUACUAAGUUGCUUAGAGCCUCACUAAAUUGCUGAGGCUAGCCUCAAACUUGCAAUUCUCCUAUCUUAGCCUCCUGAGUUGCUGGGAUUACAUAAGUGAUCCAAUGGGCCUGGCCAGAGUUUUUAAAAGUAUGGUCCACCUAGCACUUGUGAGUCUUAUUAAAUUGCUGAUUCCCAAGUCCCACCCCUAGAAAUUUUGAUUUUGUAGGAGUGGAGACUGGGGCCUGGGAACCUAUCAUUUCAACUCCAUAGGUGAUUCUAAUGCACAUAGAGUUUGAGAACCAUCACUUUAGAAAAAAAGUUGAAAAAUUACAAGCCAUAGGCCAAAUCUAUCCUGCUCUUUUUCUUUUUCUUUCUUUCUUUUUUUUUUUUUUUUUUUUUUUAUAAAUAAGUGUUAUUGGAAUGUAAUGUCACUCAUUUGUCUAUAUAUUGUCUGUGGCUGCCUUAACACUACAACAAUAGAGUUGAAUAGUUAGGGCAGACACCAUGUGGCCUAUCGAGUCUAAAAUAUUUACUAGCUGACUCUACAGGAAAAGUUUGCUGAUCUCUGCUCUAGAGCUAAAUGAACAUUUCUUCUGGAGUAAUUUUAAACUUUGUUACAGUUCUGAUAAUUUCUAUAAACACAGUUGUAAUUAGGAAUUAAACUCAAAGUUACUAAGCCCUUUUUUCAGAACUUAGUUUGAAGGUGUCUUAUUUUUGUUUUUUAAAUUUUUUUUAGGUACCAGGGAUUGAACCCAGGGGUGCUCACACACUGAGCCAUAUCCCCAGUUCUUUUUAUUUAUUUAUUUUUUAAUUUUGAGACAGGGUCUCACUAAACUGCUUAGGGCCUUGCCUAGUUGCUAAGGCUGGCUUUUGAACUUGCAAUUCUCCUGCCUCAGCAUUCUAAGCCUCUGGGAUUACAGGCAUGUGCUACCAUGCCCAGGAGAGAGGCUUCAGUCAAUCAGAGAGCUCUGUGGUUCCUGAGUUUCUGAUAAAAGGUAUAUAUUUCUUUGGCCUUACAAGCGAAAGUGAUUGUAAGUAAAAAUUAUUCUAUGAUCUGUGUGUCUCACAGUAGUCCUUAAAAAUAUAGUCAAUUAGUAGGCAGUCAUCAGCUACAGAUUCUAAAACAACAACAACAACAACAGACUAUUUACUUGAAUGUCAGGAAGAAAAUACUGCUAUAUGUACUUAUUAAAUCAGGUGUUUGUGACUUUGGCUGAAUUUUACCAAAGCUAACUACUUUCCCUCCCUCAGCCAGCCAUCUCUCUGGCUUUUAAGUGCAGAGAAGUAAAUAUACGGUUCUGUUAAUAUAUUUUUGCUUUUCCAUGUAAUACUUAUUUUUUCUAUUCCUGGAAAAAAAUCACAAUAGGUUAAUAAUCCAGAGACAAAAUUUCUUUUUUCUUUUUAGUAGAAAUUAGCCAUGUUUACUACCACCUAAGACAGUUGAUAUAUAUCUAAGUCCCUUAUAUAAAAAUCAAGAUGGUGAGUUUUGUGGUAUUUGACCUCUUAGGCAAAAGCAUAAUAUUUUCACUUUGACUAAUGCUGUUUAUGAAAUAAAAUUAUUCUGUUUAUGCAUUUGAACUCAGUUUUAGCAAGUGCAAUCUAAAUUGGAUAGUAAACUGGGCAUGGUGGCACAUGCCUAUAAUCCCAGUGGCUCAGGAGGCUGAGGCAGGCUUUUGCAAGUUCAAAGCCAGCCUCAGCAACUUAACAAGGCCCCAAACAACUUAGUGAGACCCUGCUUCAAAAUAAAAAAUAGAAAGGGCUGGGGAUGGGUCUCAGUGGUAAAGUGACACUGGGUUCAAUCCUGGUACCAAAAAAAGUCAGGCCAGCCCCUCCUUUUUCUUUUUUCCCUCUUAUCAUACCAGCUCCCUAUUUCAUCCUGUUUUGCCCCAUAAAACAUCAGACUGUGAAUUUAGUUCCAAUUAUACCGCAGUGUAUUGAGGUUAGAAGAUACAGUGCCCCUUGAGAUUAUACCAGGCAAGUGGGUCAAGCAGCUCUGGCUUCAUGUUGCAUCUGUUGCUAGGUCAUCCCAUCUUAGGAAAGCUUAAGUGAUUGGGCUGCUGGAAGAAGACCUUGUCUAGCUCAGAGAUGAUGAAUGCCUUCCGAUUGCCUAAUUUUAACAAUUUAAUUUCACUGUAGGGUAAUUAUAUGACUUUGGGCAAGUGACCUAAUUCCUCUGUGCCUUACUUUCCACAUCUGUAAAACAAAGAUUAUUUAGUAACUACUUCAUAAGAAUAUUGUGAUGGAUAUAUGAAACAAUAUACUCUGUAAAGGGCUCAUCUUAGUACCUGGCAUAAUUUAACACUGUACUGUUAGCAAUUUGGAACCCCUGUGAUUUGGAGUUCCUAAGGUUCUAGAUUGGCUUUUUUUUCCUCCAUUAAUUUUGUCUCUCACAUACAUAAGUCAGUCUUAGAGCUUCAUCUUUCACUCAAUGUGAGUGAUUCCUAAGUAUGAUUUAUUUUUCUUCUUCUCAAAUCCACAAACUAAUGCUUAUUUCUGCAUGCCUUUCUUAUCUCACACUCUCCUAGAUUGCCAUCCAACUGGCUCAGUCAUUUUUACCCUUUUCCCUCUUUCGUCCUAAUCAUCCAGUUAAUCUUCCUCUUUUAUUCCUUCCUGUCUUCCCUUAUAAUAUGUGGGUCUCAGAGUCAGAAAGCAUUACUCACUGUUUUUUGUUUUGCUUUGUUUUUUAACCAGAGAGCUUGCCUUGCAUGUGUGAAGCACUGGGUUCAAUCCGCAGCACAACAAACAAACAAACAAAUAAAUAAAUAAAUAAAUAAAGAUAUUGUGUCCAUCUACAACUAAAGAUAAUAUUAAAAAGAAAAGAAACACUUUCCAGAAGCAUUAGUUUGUUUCCAUGCUCUUAAAAUCCUUUAGUAAAACUUUUUAGGGUAAUUGAGUAUGUUUAUUAUCUUGAUUGAGGUAAUGGUUUCAUGGGAUACAUACAUGUCAAAAGUGUACAGUUUGACAUAUGUAGCUUGUUGUAUGUCAGUACUACUUCAAUAAAGUUGUUUUUUAAAAAGAAAUUUGAGGUUGGAAUGUGGCUCAGUGGCAGAGUACUUGCCCAGCAUGUGUGAGGCUCUGGGUUCUAUUCCCAGCAUGGCAAGGUUCCUGGCUUUCCACCAGCCUGGGAUUCAAAUCCCCCCAGGAUGUGACCCCAACUGCCCUUUCUAGCCUCUACUGCUUUCUGUUUCAUAUUGCUUUUUCUCAUCUCAACCUAUUGAAAUCUUCAAGACCAACUCAAUGAUCACUUCCUCCAUAGAGGCUAUCUAUAGAUAACCCCCAAAAAGUGAUCUUUGGCUCUUUACACUUAUUUGCAUCACUUUUAUGGUUCUUUUCACAAAUAGCCUUCAAUUGUAGUUAUUUGUAUAUUUGUUGUUCCUAUUAGAAAACAGGAUCCUUAAUGGGUACUUAGUUGUACACUUCUCUAACACCCCUCUCCUCCAUUCUCUCACAUGUGUAUGGAUGUUAUAAAUCUUCAUUAAAUGAAUAAGUGAUUAAAAUGAAGCUUCAGGUUUGAUUAUACAUUGAGCAAGAUUCAAAGCCUCACCAAGAGUCCUGACUCUCUAUUUUUUAAAGGUUAAAUUGCUUCAAUUGCAAGUUAUGAAUUGACUUUUGCCUCUUGGGGUUUUUUUUGGAACCAAGGGCAGAGUAUGAUCCCCUAUGUGGAAUAUGGGAAGGUGACUCUGAAGUCUGUAGCAGGUAAACUGAAGAGCUUGAUGAGGUUUCAAAAUGUUGUCAUGAUAAACAGCAGAUUAAGGGACCUUUCUUCUGAGGACAAUGUGAAAAACACGACAAAUUAAACAAGCUUUAUUAUAGGUA